CGGAAGUUCCGGCUGUACCAUUUCCGCAAAAGAAGUUGCCAAAUCAAAACAAACGUUAGCUUGUUCUAUGAAUAUAUAGCACCAUAAAUGACUCUUUCUCUUUAAUAAAUCAGAGAGGUUUCGUACUUAUUCAUAACCUUGUACUAUCCAUGGAGACUCCAGAGCCAGGCCCAGCUGAUGGAGAGGAGCGUCCAGUAGAGCUGCGACCCCGCACGCGCUCCAACCCUGAAGGUGCUGAGGACCGUCGCAGCAGCACAGGUAGCCUUGGAGGCAACGGAAACCAGAACAUAUCUCAGCCUGCUGUGGGGAAUCGUGUGGAAGGCGAAGGCGAAGCCUCGACCAGCGACAGCCCUCCAAGCUCCGUCACCACAACAGUUUCAGCAACUACAUCUCAGGCUGUAGUUCCACCUCCAGCUGUUACUGCUGCUGCUGGAGCUGGAGCUGGAGCCAGCAACACCGUACAACUGUCCACUGCUGCUGUCACAGCUAAAGAAAGGCCAAAGACUUCACAGCCCAUGCUUAGUACAUCUAUUUCUCCACCAGCAGAGUACCAGCUCAGAGUUCCCAGGGUUAACUGUCCAGAGAAAGUGAUAAUCUGCUUGGAUCUUUCUGAAGAAAUGUCCUUACCAAAGCUUGAAUCUUUUAACGGAUCUAAAACAAACGCCUUGAACAUUUCCCAGAAGAUGAUUGAGAUGUUUGUAAGAACAAAGCAUAAAAUCGACAAGCGGCAUGAGUUUGCCCUGGUUGUCAUCAACGAUGAUGCUCUGUGGUUGUCUGGCUUCACAUCUGAUCCCCGCGAGCUGUGCAGCUGUCUGUAUGACUUGGAAACCAAUGUGUGCGAGUCCUUCAACCUGGAAGAUCUCCUUAAUGUCAUUCGUCAGAAGAUUGAGCUGCCAUUGAUGGAGAACGUUCAGACCAUCCCUCCUCCAUACGUGGUGCGGACUGUGCUUAUCUAUAGCCGCCAUGCUGGGCCAAUGCAGUUCAACCCUUCAGAGGCUGUUAGUAAGAUGCUGCAGUCUCCGUAUUUCUUCUUUGAUGUGGUUUAUUUGCACAAUGGGAUGGAGGAGCAAGGGGACGAGACCAGCUGGAGGGAAAACUACACAUCCUUCUGUAAUCUGGACUCAAAAGCCAUGUGUUAUCGCUUCGAGGUCUCCUUGAGUGGACCCGCCAUCGAGCUGCACAACUGCAUGGCCAAGCUGCUGGCCCAUCCUCUGCAGAGACCUUUCCAGAGUCAUGCGUCUUACAGCCUAUUGGAGGGCGACGACGCCCCGGACACAGAGGCAACGGUGUAGAAAUGGACAGUUGAAUAUAGAUGUUUUUGCUUUUCCUGUGAAAUCCACACAUGCAGCAAAUAUGCAGAAAAAAAGCUUUUAUUUUAUUUUUUAUCUAAAUGCAAAACUUUACUUUUUUCAGUGGUUUUGAACAAAGUUGUGGGGAUUUUGGGGAAAUUGGGUUUUCACCAAGUCACUGAUUGUAAAAAAUAGUUGUUUGAUAAAGAAUCACUUGAACUGUCCUAAAAGUGGGGGAGUGUAUGUUAAAGAUUGAAGUUGGUUUAAAAUUAUCUAUUUAAUAUAAUGGAUGAUGCAGCAGUUAGAGCGUCAGGCUUUGCUAAGCUCACCUCCAUAUUUUCCCAUGAUUUUCGUUUGAUUUCAGAUCAUAAAGUGCAGGAAAUGGCAAUAUGAUCUCUACUGAGUGUUAAUGUUUGAUCAUUUCCAAAUUAAACAACAGUUUCUCUUAAUUAUAGUAGGUUUUGCCCAUUAGUGUUUGG